AUGCCUAAAGGCUUCUCCCCAAUCUUCCCUCCGCGGCGGCCCUCUGGCGUCAUUCGCUAUGCUCUCGCCCUCCUCCUAAUAUUCGCCUUGCUCUACAUUUCCAGUCACAAUUCGGGAGAGCAAUUUCGCCCAAUCCCUCAGGCUCCGCAUACCGCCUCAGAAUCACAGCCAGAGCCAGAUCACAAUGACCGGCCGCAACUGUUGGAACCGAACCCUAACCCGAAGCCCGUGAUCACAUUGGACGAGCCCUUCGAUAAACUCCCCGAAUCGAAUGACAAAGCUGGAAAGGGGCCGUCGUUUGCCACCACGCCGAGCAACCCAGAUGAUGGACACCCGAUUGGCAAAUUAAUAUACGAUGCUCAGCUCACGUUCGCCGAACUCCUUUCCAAGGAGUCCAAGUCUGUUGAGGAAGCUGCGCAAGCAUAUCGAAAACGCCGAGGCCGCCACCCUCCUCCUGGAUUUGACACCUGGUUCAAAUUUGCCCAGAAUAAAAGUGCUGUGAUCGUGGAGGACUUCUUCGACCAGAUCUAUGAUGAUAUCCAGCCGUUCUGGGGAAUAGAGCCCAAGCUCCUCCGUAAGGAAGCCGUGAAUUGGGAGAUGACCAUCAACGUCAGGAACGGCAAGGCGACAACUGGUAGUGAUUGGUUCUGGACUGAAAUUUGGCUCGAGCUUCUCAAGACAAUCGAGCACUUGUUGCCAGAUAUGGAUUUGGCGCUCAACCCCAUGGACGAGCCUCGACUGGUGGCGCCCCACGAAGAAAUGGUGAAGUUUAUGAAGGCUGCGGCCAAGACUGUCAAAUUGCCAAAGGCGAAGAACGUGCGAUCCGAUUUUCAGAAGCUGCCCCCUCCCCCGCCCCCAAAACCCAAGCUGGAUGCUAAAGGGAGACCCAUCAAGCCUCCUAAGAAGGUGGCGGAGAAGGGUACCGAGAAAGCAAGCGACAAGAGCACUGGGAAGACGACGGACAAGGGAGCAGGAAAGACAACUGAGACAUCUCGCAAGGGAACUGAGAAGAAAACAGGGACGACAACUGAGAAGGGCACUGAGCAGGGAAUCAAAUCAGGAGUUGGAAAAGGGACCGACAGCACGGCCAAUACGAAGACCGAGACGGACGUGACGAUGCAAAAGAGAGCAGAUGAAGAUACCCAGGAGGAGGUUAACACAAAAGAUGUGCAGGGGACUUUGACGGAGGAGGGAACCUUGGACGAUGAAGAGGUUGUCAAGACUGAUGAAAUCGUGCUUGACAAGAAGAAGGAUGGCAAGAUUUGGUACAGUGGCAAAGGAAAUUCAUCUUGGGACAUUGUCCGUCAGGGUUGCUCUCCCAAGAGCCUAGCGCGAACCACCGAACUCCAAAUGUCUUGGGCGAAUCGACCGGAAAUCAGCAUGAAGAUGGCCGAACCUCAUCUCUACAAGGGCUACGUUUCCAACUUUACACUCUCCUCUGAUCUCUGUCAUCAACCUGAUCUCCAAGGUCUUGAGGGCAUCCUCAUUGCGCCUAUUUCGACUUCUGCGACCCAUAGCGUGUUCCCCAUGUUCGGCGGAUCCAAGCUAAGCGUCAACAAUGAGAUUCUUAUCCCUGCUCCGAUGUAUUGGCAAGGAGACGAUCGUUUCACCGGUGGCAAGGACCACGGCCCUGCGUGGGCCUCCAAGAAGGAUAAGGCCGUCUGGCGAGGCGUCGCAACUGGAGGACGGAACAAAGCCACGAAUUGGCGGGGUUUCCAGCGCCAUCGGUUCGUAGCCAUGAACAAUGCUACCACCCUCGCUAGCAUUGAGAGGGGUGCGCAGCCUGAGAAUUUUGCCCUUCCUGAAGAACAAUACCAUAAUCAGGCCCAGGCCCAGGGUAAGCUGUCCAAAUGGGUCAAAGGAUGGUCCGACAUUGGAUUCACAGACCUUAUGUGCGACCCGCCGCAACCUGGUGGGAGCUGCAACUACACAGGGAAAUACUUUGGCGUUCAAGACAACGUCCCAAUGGCCGAUCAAUUCAGCAACAAGUACAUGCCGGACGUUGACGGAAACAGCUUCUCGGGUCGUUAUCUGGGUCUCCUGAAAUCCACGUCUCUGCCGAUCAAGUCCACCCUCUGGCGCGAAUGGCACGACAGCCGGCUUGUUCCCUGGAAGCACUUCGUACCUAUGGACAACAGGUUCGGGGAUUGGUUCGGGAUCAUGGAAUACUUCAUGGGCGUCAAUGGGGAGAAUAAGCAUGACCUCGCUGGCGAGAAGAUUGCUACAGAAGGGAAGGAAUGGGCCGACAAAGUUUUACGAAAGGAGGACAUGCAGAUAUAUGUCCUACGUGUGCUUUUAGAGUACGCUCGAGUUACGGAUGACGACAGAGGCAGUCUCGGAUGGGUCGAUGAUGUAUUAGCAGACCCAUCUUUGGAAAAGACCUGGUCAUGGUGGUGGUGA